CUACCUUCUCCAUCCAUCUCAAUCCUCAUUCAACACAAACACCCCAGAAAAAUCAAAAACCUCCAAACCAUUUUCUAUGAAUGGGAAAUGAAAAACAUCCCAAGAGAAACAUCCCAUGCAAGAGAAGAAGGAAAAGAAGAAAAAGAAGGAGAUGAAGAGGAAGAGGAGGAAGCUCAAUGUGAGUGGGACUUCAAUCUCACUACAGUGGUCUCCUCUAACAUGCACAGGGAGGUAUCCGACACACUGGGUGUGAUUGAAUUCGACCCAUCUGACCAGCUCUUAGUAACGGGUGGGAUUGCACGCAAGAUAAGGAUCUACACCGUCAAGUCAUUGGUCCCACAAGAACCAAGCCUAGGGGCGCACCCUUUGGUAUUGGACCACACUACUGCCUGCGACUUCUACAUAUGUACUCCAGCUAAGCUUAGCAGCCUCCGUUGGAGGCCCGAUUCAGCGAGUCACGUUGUCGGGUCCGGUGACUAUGAUGGGGUUGUCACGGAAUAUGAUCUCGACCGUCGGAUGGCUGUGUUUGAGCGUGAUGAGCAUGGGGGACGGCGGGUCUGGAGCUUGGACUACUCGAGAUGGGCCGCACCGGUAGGUGCAUCAGGAUCAGAUGAUGGUACGGCCCACUUGUGGGACCCACGGUGUGGUGCAGGUGGGACGUGUGUGGCUGUCGUGCGGCCUAGUGUGGCAUGUAGCCCUGUGUGUUGCGUCGAGUUCGAUCCCUGCGGUGGGCCGUUGAUUGCAAUCGGGUCCGCUGAUCGAAGGGCGUACACUUACGAUGUGAGGAACAUGUCGGGUCCGGUUUCCAUCUUCUCGGGUCAUGAGAAGACGGUAACGUACGUGCGGUUCUUAGGGGAAUGCCAGAUGGUCACUGCAGCGACCGACGGAUGCCUGAAGCUGUGGGACAUGAUCGGUGCACGUGUGAUACGCACGUACAAGGGGCACGUGAACAGUAGGAGCUUCGUCGGGUUAUCCGUGUGGCGUAACGCGGCGCUUUUCGGGUGCGGGUCGGAGAGCAAUGAGGUGUACGUGUAUGAUCGGAGGUGGGCUGGGCCCAUCUGGGUUCGCGGGUUUGGGCCUGCAUCGCGAGAUGGGUGCGACGAUAGGUUCGUUAGCAGCGUUUGCUGGCGGCAGGCCGGCGACGAUGAGUGCACGCUCGUUGCCGGAGGAUCCGAUGGGAAUUUACAGGUUUUUGUAGGCCAAAAAAAGCCAUCUUUUAUUUGAUGAAUUUUCUCAUUCACCCAUAAUUUUAUUUAAAAAAUUGUCAUUUGAGACAAAAAAUAAUAAUUUUGGUGGACAACUGAAAAUGGGUUCAUCUGAUUUUAAUUAAUGAUAAUUAUAUAUUAGCUAAUAUAUAAUUAUGAUUAAUUAAAAUGAGAUGAACUCAUUUUCAUGUGUCUGCCAAAUAAGAAAGAAAAUGAGAAAAGUGCAUUUUUAUUUUUA